CAUCACUUAAAAGUUUUGUACGGAAUGAAACCGACGAGCUAGUUCUGCGCCGGCCGGCACGAUAGACGGACGUGUGUGCCGUAUUAGCGCCAAACUUCUUCGCAACUCUUCGAUACUAAAAACUUGUAUAAAAAACUUGUCAAUAAAUUGUAGAUUUUAGCGUUUUUACUGUGAUUUAUUAAGUUAUAGUAUAUAAAUAAAGUGACUGUUGUUCUAAAGACACUGUGUGAUGUUUAUUUUUUUGUGUAACUGCAACGUGUUUAGUUCAAUGGACUGAGGAGGCUGAAAAUGUAUAUGGUGUUAGUAAACAGUUUUGUGUUUGUGUUGAGUGUUUUAUGUGACUCGUGUUAAAAUGCGGACUAUGGAAGUCAUGGCUCUAACAGUACGUUGGUUAGCGUGCCUGCUCGUUGGCGUCGAAUGGCAGGUUCUUUCCCAGGUUAUGCAACAAAAUUCUGAAGUAGACAGUUCAUACAACUUUUACUACGAACAGCCGUGCUGUGUGGGGCCUGUGAUAAAAAACAAAUACCAUAUUAUGAGGCAUAAAAGAGAUCAUGUGAGGGAAUUCUCCUGUGGGACUCUAUACUACAGGACCUUCUUUGUGGAUUCCAAGCGCGACGCGCUCUAUGUCGGCGCUAUGGACCGACUAUAUCGACUGAAUAUGAACAACAUUAGCGCAUCACAUUGUGAUAGGGAUUCCAUCAAUUUGGAGCCAAGCAACGUAGCACAAUGUGUCUCCAAAGGAAAAUCAGAACAUUUUGACUGUCGAAACCACGUAAGAGUCAUUCAGCCAAUGGGCGACGGAUCAAGACUUUAUGUGUGCGGAACCAACGCUCACAGUCCUAAGGAUUGGGUUUUAUAUUCGAACCUGACACACCUGCCGCGUCACGAGUACGUGCCAGGCAUCGGCAUGGGCGUCGCGAAGUGCCCGUACGACCCGGCCGACAACUCGACCGCCCUGUGGGUGGAGAGAGGCAACCCAGGCUCCCUGCCUGCGCUGUACUCGGGGACUAACGCGGAGUUCACUAAAGCAGACACCGUGAUCUUCAGGACCGACCUGCAUAACUUGACUACGGGCCGGCGAGAGUUCUCUUUUAAGCGGACUUUGAAAUACGACUCCAAAUGGCUGGACAAACCGAACUUCGUCGGCUCCUUCGACGUCGGAGAAUACGUGCUCUUCUUCUUCCGAGAGACUGCCGUCGAAUACAUUAACUGCGGAAAAGCGGUGUAUUCCAGAGUGGCCAGGGUCUGCAAGCGGGACACCGGCGGGAAGAACAUCCUCAGCCAGAAUUGGGCCACUUAUCUGAAAGCACGACUUAACUGCAGCAUCCCCGGAGAGUUUCCGUUUUAUUUUAAUGAAAUACAGAGUAUCUACAAAGUACCAGGAGAUGACAGCCGGUUCUACGGAGUAUUCACAACAGCCUCCACCGGUUUGAUGGGUUCAGCCAUCUGCACCUUCACUAUCGGCGACAUUCAGAAGGCGUUUGAGGGGAAGUUCAAGGAACAAGCCACGUCCAGCUCGGCUUGGCUACCUGUCAUCAGCAGUAGAGUACCUGAACCAAGACCUGGGACCUGCGUUAAUGACACCUCGUCUCUACCUGAUACAGUGCUCAACUUUAUAAGAUCUCAUCCAUUAAUGGACAGCGCAGUUUCUCAUGAACACGAGAAGCCUAUCUACUAUAAGAGGGAUCUGUUCUUUACCCGCCUGGUCGUGGACCGAGUCAAAGUGGAUAUGAUGGGCCACCAGCUUGACUACACGGUUUACUACGCUGGCACCAAUGAAGGAAAAAUUCAUAAAAUCGUACAGUGGACCCGGAACGGCGACAGCCAGUCAGCUUUACUUGACAUCUUCGACGUAACUCCCAGCGAACCAAUUCAGGCGAUGGCUCUAUCACGGUUACAUGGAUCUCUCUACGCGGCAUCCGAUAGGCGAGUGCUACAGCUACGCCUGGCGUUGUGCGCCCGACGCUACGACGCAUGUGUGAGAUGCGCACGCGACCCAUACUGUGGCUGGGACAGGGACGCUGGCGUUUGCAGGGAAUAUACACCAGGACUAAUUCAAGAUGUGGCGAACGAAACGGCAGAUAUCUGUGAUUCCUCGAUCUCCCGAAAGAGCGUAUCAGCAACUUGGGGUCAAAGCUUGCAUCUCGGCAGUUUUGUCAAAAUGCCAGAAGUCCUCCAACCGAGAGCUGUGACGUGGUACCAUUACUCCAGGGAAAAAGGCCGACAUCCUAUUGCUUUUAAUAAACCCGAGAAAUACAUAGAGACAUCGGAGCACGGGUUGCUCAUAAUAUCAGUUACAGAGGCGGACGCGGGGCGAUACGACUGCUGGCUCGGAGGCUCUUUACUCUGCUCUUAUAACAUCACCGUAGAUAUACACAGAUGUUCGCCACCAGAAAAAAGCAACGAAUAUCAGAAGAUUUACUCAAACUGGUGUCACGAAUUUGAGAAAUACAAAACGGCUAUGAAGACGUGGGAAAGAAAGCAAGAGCAAUGCGCAAGACAGAACGACUCGAAUCAAAACACGCAUCCGAACGAAAUUGUGUGAUAGCUUCUGAACAUCGCCUAUCUCAUGUUCCAAUCGGUCAACUACUACGCCGGAGCCAUCCCUGUGCCGUACGUCUCGGCCGCUCUCAACUACUUCAACGUACUGUCGUGAGGAUCGGACGAACCCCUCCAGUACCCAUUGGCGACCAUUAGACGACCAGUCUAGCAUCAGUUAUAACCCGUGCCGAGAUUGACGCCGAAGAUCAAAAGUGUUUCAAUAUUUUACUUCAAUCUAUCAAUCCACACAUUACACAAUAAAUCUGACCAAGAUCACAUAUUGAUUUGAAGCGAAAUUGAUCGCCUAACGGUCUUCUCGUCGAGUUUGCUCAACUUGACAAUGUUGAUGGAUUUUAAAGACUAUAACGUCAGCGAAAAAUAUAUCAACACACCGAAUAAAAUCUAUGAACGUUUUCGAGUUAAGCAAACUCGUACGCAGGGUAUACAGAUUCCAUGAACGAACGUGAAGCUCAAGAUAUAGUGAAUCUAGUGCCCCCCUCUAGCUUUUUUAAAAGACAUAGUGACUAGUGACAACCCAUUGUUCCACAACGCAGCGGGAACAUGAGAAAGGUGAUCGGACAAACAAAAUUUUAUGGACCUCGUUUAUUAAAAUUUAAGGAAGGAUUCCUAGCGUUGUGCGUUGCUUUGUUGGAGAUUGUGUGAAUAAAAAGAUUUUAUCUUAUAAAAACAUAAUGUAAGUACGCUUUGAUCGUUAAAUAAGUAGAUUUGUUAGUGAUCCGAGCGGAAUUAAUUUCGGUUAUAAAUGAAACGCAAGUAUAAUAGUGAAUUUAAAUUGCCUGUAAGCUAUUUGUACGUGUACAGCGGGCAAUAUUUUGUAAGCCUUGGACAUAUACAACGCGUGAUGUCAAUGACAGUAACGUAACGUAAAUUCAAAGGACAUGUGUGAAAACGUUCGUAUAAACUGAGAAGCAUAUGUAGAAACAAUAAUGUGCGUGCGUCGAAAGCGCUCCGCACUAUGUGCUUCAUAUACAAGUACGACGCUACUACAAAAUAAUGUUUAAGUAGACAAUGUUUAAACUUGUUGUUGUUACCUUUUCUUUAAUACUGUAAAAGAGAAGCAGAAAAGGACUAAAAUAUCAUCUUAUAUUAAGCACCGUUUUGUAGAAACACAGUAGUUUUUAUGUUUCAUGGUAUGGUUUUUUGUUUUAUGGUAGUGUUAGUACACACGUUCAGUGCGACAUUCUGCCACACGUUGCUAUCGUUACGCGUUGCAUCUUUCCGGGCCUUAAUAAUUUAUUGUACUUUCAAUUAGUACUUUACUAUUCCAAAAGCGGUUUGUAUGUCAUUUCAUGUUGAACUCAUUAUUAUUAAUUUAAUAGGUUUAGCAAAUGAGUAAAUAUGAAUUAGAUUGCUUGUUAAAUAACGUUUUAGACCCAACAUUGGUCAACUGUAAAAUAUUACGACCUAAUUUAAUUUGACUGAAUGUUCAAUUUUAAAUAGAUGGCCAAUGUCGUAAUGAAAUACGACAUACAACGAUGAAACAGUUUUCAACUGAUAUUUUGUUUUACCUCAGUUGAAAAAAAGCUUCGACAUUAAACUAAUUGUAUUUUGUGUUGUGUAAGAAUACUAAAAUACCCAAUCUUGUAGCAAUGAACUGAAAGGUUUUCCUGUUUUAACAAAAUAAUUAUUGUACAGCUAUAUUGUAUCUUAAUCUUGAAUUGUAAUUAAGUUUGUUAGUAACAAAAUGAUCAAAAUACCCUUUAGCUCAACUAAUGGGUGAAAUACGUACCGCCGCUGGCCGCUUCGCCGUAAUUUCAAAUCUCCGAGGGUUGUGGGAAGGUUCGCCUCAUUAUUUUUCCCCUAUUCGUGUAAAUAGUUACUUAAUUCUGUUCUCUACUAAUGUAAGUACGUAUAGAAUGCACGUCCCUAAACGUAAAGAAUAUAAUUUAAGCCUGUGAUAUAUAAGAAACUCGUUUAGGACAUAAUUUUAAGUGUUUAUUCACUAACUAGUAUGGAUAAAUUAUAAUUUUUAAAAGCCGAAAAUUUUUAUCAGAAGGUAUAAUAAGAUUUUUAAACAUAAAGUAAGUUUCUACUAAAAUGAAAUCACUUCGAUAUAUCUUUUUAAAAUAAUAGAUAAAUCACAGAUGUAGUUCUAGUUAUGGAUAGACAUCACAUUCCUUUGCCACUGCCACAUAAUAAGAUAUAGUGAUUAAGUAAUAAAUACUUAGUUGAUCAUCCGAUUUAAGUGUUUUUCCUUUAUAUACA